AAAAUAUUUCGUUACCGGAGUUUCCAACUCCGAGAAAUGUAUUCCGCUUACUGCCGUUUUAACAACCUUUUACUCAAACUUACACUCUCACGAUGAUGCCACGGAGUUAUUGUUAGCCAAAAAACUAGUGGGAGUGUGUUGAACGGUGAAUCAUUGGUGAUAUUCAACAUAUUACGAAUUACGAAUCAUUCGAUAGCUGCUUUCUCGAUCUAGAAAUUCGGUCUAUUGACUAUUGUGUUUAGUAAGUUCUAUUUUCAUAUCCCGUUUCCCGAUAAUAUUGACAAAAUGAUGGACGACAAGGAAAGCGAUGUGGAGACCCAGCUUUGCUCUAAUUGCAAACGAGACAUUCCAUCAGCAAAUUUUAUGAUGCACCAAACUCAUUGUCAUCGAAAUAUAAUCUUAUGUAAAUCCUGUAAAGAACCGGUACCAAGGAGUGAAAUGGACAACCAUGUUGAAGAGCAGCAUGUAAAGGUGACAUGUAAAUGUGGCGUUGCCGUGGAGAAGUGUCAUAUUGAAGAUCAUGAGGCCAACAGUUGUUCAAAGCGUAAACAAAGCUGUGAGUACUGUGAAUUGGAGAUGGACGCAUAUGAUAUGGCAGACCAUGUGGAUUUCUGUGGUUCUCGUACUGAGCCAUGUCCGAACUGUCAGCGAUACAUUAUGUUUAAAGACCUGAAACAGCACGAGGAGAGCAUGUGUACAUUUCCUGAAACCAAAACCGAAACACCAAAGAAUGUUUCCCAAGGCGCAGACUACUUUCCUGAUGAAUUUUUUAUGGACAUGUCCGGACCCCCAUCGGGACUACCAUAUGAAUACUACAAUCCAUAUGUUGAGAGUAAUAUUCAAAAUGAUUUUAGGAGGCAUUUACCGUCAACUGGCCAGAAAGCCACUAAUCUCAGAUCACGGCCAACGUGGGACAGUUCAGGCAGGAAUCCUCCAGCGUCUAACUCUUUAAACAACUUAAAGAAGACAACUUCUAGAAAAGGACCAGUUGCAAGAACACGGAAUAGAACUCGUGGCAGUGAGGUAAAAAGUACAACAAGACCAGGCAUGGAAGGAAUGAGUACUACAAGACCCAAAAAUCAACCUGAGCUUCCUAUGAGUAGUCACAAUCAUGAAGAAAUGGACAGACUAUUAGCUAUGCAUCUGGCACAUGAUUUGACCACUGACGAAGACAUUGACAGAAUCAUUGAAGAUGCCAAUCAAAUUCCAGAUCCACCUGUAUCAUCAGUCACACAUUCAAGAUUGUACUCUAGAGGGCCUCCUUCACCAACUGGAGAUGAUAUGAACACCCCAUUACCAUGUGAAUUCUGUAGCGAGUUAUUUCCUUUAGACAUCCUGUACGUCCAUCAGUCUGGAUGCAGCCAAGCCAUUCCAGAAGAUGAACACAUUACAAACAGUCCACCCAAUAACAGUGUGUUCAUGUCACCAAACACCAGAAGUCCACCAUCCCAACCUCCAAUUGUGGAUAACUUGGGAUAUGGAAUCAGAAGUCAAGCUGACCAGUUUGAAAGACCAGACAGUGAUGAUGAUGAUGAAAUAUUCUUACCCUGUGAAUUCUGUGAGACACUCUUACCAGAAACUUCACUUGUACAGCAUCAGGCCAUGUGUGAAUCAAGUACAACCCCACUGCCGCCUGCAUUACCGGAAAUGCCACCAAGGCAGAUGAGAGCUAAGCCUAAACCAAGAGACGCAAUGAGCCAUGAUAUGCCCUUAUAUAGUAAUAGAUCAGCUAGACAUCAAGCUGAUCCUGUGAUGGAUUUCAGAAUCGGCAAUGGGGACAGAUCACCAACCAGACCCACACAGACAAAGAAAUCUAAUCCCAUGGCUAGUACUGUGUAUGGUAACAGAGGUGUCAUACAGAAUAGAACACGCAACAAGAAAACUAGUUCCUCACGUCCCAGUCCAUCAAGUAAUCCGAAACCACCACGCAUUACAAGCGCUGAGAGAACGCGUAAAACAUUAGACGAACUCUUAACUGAUGAAAAUAUUGAUACUGAAGAAAUCUUACAACAUAUGGACGGUGAAAUGUACAGCAGGGAUAGUGGUCAUACCAGGGAUAAUGGUUACUAUGGUAACAGUCAUGCUCUAGAUGAUGUUGAUGAGGAUCCCUUUGGUCUGCAGUCGUCUAAAUCACCUCAUUAUUCAUCAAGUCAACGUCACGGUCGGUGGUCAUCCCAUGCUGAUAGUACACAAGAUCCUAUUCCAGCGAGUUAUGAAGCAAGCUUUUUAUCGCAAAGUGCAGCAAACCGAACAAAAAAAGUCAGUACGAGUAAUCCUAGAAGUCGACCACCAAAAUCCAAGUCUGGAAGUACCCGUACCAGUACAGCAACCAAUGACAGUGGAGCUGCUAGAGUCAGUAGAAACAGUCAUCAGAGUGUCGCAAACGAACACAGUAACCCACCGAGACAAAGAGCAAAAAAACCUGCAAAUUAUAGACAGCGAUAUGAUGGAGAUAUCUAAAAUGAAUUAUGAGUCUGUUGCUAUGAAGGACUGGACACUGAGCACCGAGCCGAGUCUACUCAUUGAACGAGCAUUCCUCCAUAGACAUGUCUUAUAUGUCAACAUUGUGUUGUGAUAUUUACCAUGAUACUCACUAUUGAAAUGUACAUGUGAAUAACAUUAUCAUAUGAGCAACUAUGAUAUCCUCUCUCCUUUCGUUUAGCUGCGGUAAUAUUUUGCGGUAUUUGAUCCAUAUAAUGUGUUACCUUUUGACCCUGUAUUAUUUUUUAAACCCAGAUGUUAGUCUGCAUUAGAGAAAAGCAACAUUCUCGGAUGAUUUGAUUCAAAAUUGACUCAGUAAUUCAAAUUAUUUAACAUUGUAUCCAGGCUGCUAGUUUUCUCACUUGUCCAUUCAUGGUCAGUUUUGUGAUGUUAUUGCUGAUGCAGUUGCACAUUUGAUAAAGAGCUCUUUUUGUGGCUAAUACAGGUGAUAACUCGUGGUAUAAAAAUAGCCAAGCUCAAAACCAAGUCUUUCUGAGCUACGCAUUAGAAACAUAUCAGCACUGCUUCUCGCAUUACCACACGUUAUCUCUGGUAUUAGACACUAAUAAACUCUAAAUAUUUCGCACUCAAUAUUUCGCACUCAAUAUUACACCAUGGUGAAAUAAUCACUUUAAUUUCUGAGAAAAUGUGACAGUAACUUGUGAGUUCAAACCAAUCAUAUUGAGUGAAAAUUGACUUGUUUACUUACAGUACUGCUGUGCAGUAGAUUUAAACACUGGUAUUAAAGCUGUUCAUUUACAAGUCACAACAAAAACACAUUCCGCAAAUUUGAUUUGAUAUUAAACAAGUAAAACAAUAUGUCUGUCUCACCUGUGAUUGUAGUGACUUAAAGAGUGUCUCUGAUUGGCUCCCA